ACGUGUGAGAGAGCGACGUAGUAACUGCGUGACCUCUCGUCGCUGAACUAUUUCCGCUAAACUCCCUGAAUUAAAAGAACGAAAGAUGUGCAGUUUGAAUGCAGAUGUUGCAUGAUGGGAAUUAAUGUGAAGCCUGAUGUUUCUUCUGUUCAUGUUUUUGAUUUAAUUAAGGUUUUAGAAUGUUGGCCCGUUCAAUUUAAUAUCAAAGAGAUUGAAUGUUGGGCAGCACAGUCUUUCACACCACUGCCUCAUGGAUCUGGGAGUAUGAGUCCCAUGCAAGUAUGCUUCCCACCACAACAUAUUCUCCCCAGAGUCAUGGAAAUGGCACCGUAAACUCUAGAGAUGCUGCACGUCACACAGCAGGAGCAAAGAGAUACAAAUAUCUACGGCGGCUCUUCAGGUUUCGGCAGAUGGACUUUGAGUUUGCCAUGUGGCAGAUGCUGUACCUUUUUACAUCACCACAGAAAGUUUACAGAAACUUCCACUACAGAAAACAGACAAAAGAUCAGUGGGCUCGAGAUGAUCCAGCCUUUCUAGUCUUACUUAGCUUCUGGCUCUGUGUCUCCACUGUCGGUUUUGCUUUUGUACUGGAAAUGGGAUUUGUCCAGACAAUUAAGCUGCUUCUGUGGGUUGUGUUCAUUGACUGCAUUGGUGUUGGGCUUUUGAUUUCUACUUUAAUGUGGUUUAUUACCAACAAAUACCUAAUGAAACAACAAAGCAAGGACUAUGAUGUGGAGUGGGGAUAUGCUUUUGACGUGCAUCUCAAUGCUUUUUACCCUCUACUCAUCAUUCUGCAUUUCAUUCAGCCAUUUUUUAUCAAUCAUAUUGUAUUUAUAACGGAUGCAUGGCUCCUUGGAAGCUUUGUGGGAAACACCCUUUGGCUUAUUGCAGUGGGCUACUACAUCUAUAUAACUUUUCUUGGAUAUAGCGCAUUACCAUUCCUGAAGAACACGGUCGUCCUCUUGUACCCCUUUGCCCUGCUGGUUUUGGUGUAUUUCAUUGCCUUUGGGCUGAGAUGGAACUUCACUGCUGCUCUUUGUAACUUCUAUCGCAUCCGAGUAUAGAAGAGUCAAGACGCUGGUCACAUUGGUGUUGUCUUUGACUUCACAACUAAGUGCAAGUGCUGCUUUAAGAGAUUUUGUAGCAGCAGGGGUCUGCCCUUCCUGUAAAUCCUGUAGAUAUCUCUGUAUAUUAUAUACAUAUUGUAUUGUUUUCACUGUAAAUGUAUUUGGGAUACUGGUAUGAUAAGGACAUUUUGUAUGGUUUUGAACUUGAGUGCCUCAGAUUAAUAUAUUAUCCCAUGUAAUUAGUGUACUAUAAGAAAUGACCUUCCAGGACACUGUACAUUCCUGUCAGUCACAUUUUUAAUUUGAAUAAAAAUACACGUGACUGGUAUGUGGCAUACUGUGAUUGUGUUACAUGCGCUCCAUGGGAGUUUGGUGAGUGGGGUUACACAGCAGCAUUUUCAAGAGCAUUAGCAUUAUCAGUGCUGUGUAAACACACAUUUAACAAUAAAACGCAGAGCACAUAAAAGGAA